AUGGCACUUCGCUUCGAGCUGCUGGCUUUGGGCAGCGCACUGAUCAUCCAGCUCUUCUAUUCGCAGCUCUACGAGACCUUCUUCCAGCAAAGUGCAGCAGAACCAGGAACCACUGCACCAAGUGCGUCACCAAGCACCCCCAAGGUGGACGAUGUGCCCAACCUUGAAGUGAUUGAAGUGCGCGAGUAUUUGUCCUCUGAGUGUGAUGGGCCGCCUGCCCGGGUUUGGGAGAUCCGGGUCGAGGUAGAGUGUCCUGUGAGACACUUCGGCACGAAGAAGGCGGAUUUCUGGAUUUAUGCUCUGAUGAGACCUGCAGCGAAGCUGGCUGCCAAAGAAUCUCCAUUGUGCCAGGAGCCAGGCGAGUCCCCUUCCGGAGACGUCUCCAGUCGGUUGGGCGCGGGAUGCGGCGGAGCCUGGCUGGACUCGCUGGAGUUGCUGGUCCAAUUUGGAGAAGCAAUGAUUGACCGCAUGGACUUUCAAGGAGGCCUUCCAACAGCCAGUGAUUUCCGAGCUCCUGAACAAUCUUCUGCCUAUGAUGAAGAGGCCUUCUUGGAGAUCGAAGCCACAGAACUCAAGAGGGCAUUGCAGAAUGGCUAUGCGAUUUGGGAUGUCCGAGAGCCAGAUGAGUACCGUCUGGGACAUUUGCCACAGUCCAAAAACGUGCCACUCUCGGACUUGGAAGCUGCAUUGGAGCCGUUUCCGGAAAGGGGAUUGCUGCUCAUUUGUGCCACUGGAAGCCGAUCCUCACAGGCUCAAGUCCGAUUGUCGAGAGUCUAUGGGAUUUCAAACGUCUUCAGUGUGCGGGGAGGCUUGGCAGCUUGGGAGGCGGCCGGAGGACAAGUUUCCUUGAACUAUUCCGGAGAUGAUCUUUGA